AUGGCGACAGCCAAUGGCAAGAAGAAGUCGGCUGAAGAGCCAACGAAGCCUACCACCACCGAAGAGACCAAGAAGCCAUCGUUGAGAGAUGCGAAAAAGGAAGAUAUCAAUGGCGAAUACGUCCCGUCAUUGACGACGAUGGUGAGCAUACUGGUUGGGAUAAUCGGAACUGUGUUGUAUUUCACCAAGAACACUUGGUAUCCCGGGCUGGUCCUCACCAUCGAGGCCACCAUCGGACCGGAGCUGGCUCAGUAUAUACCAGAGAGUAUACUGAUCGAUGCCCGCACCACCGAAGUCGCCCAACUAAUGGGCGGCAUCUACGCCUCACUGGUCGCAAUGCGGUACAUCGACAGCAAAGGUAUAACCUACGGUCCACACAAGAUGAACGAAACGAAACCGUCGAAGAAUAUGAGUCCGGCGAUCAUCCAGCUCUACCAGAAGUUGCCAUAUGUUGACGGACCAGAGGCCGGCAACUUCGACUUCUUACUUGGUAGCGAGUUUGCGGACUUUCGCAAACCAGAGGAAGCGAAAGAGGCACGUGAUCCUUUCCAGCGCAACCCUUCGAGCAAAGCCAAUUCCACAAAUGGCAGAUAUGUAUCGCCAUGGCAGACACCACUGGUCAGGAUCCAUGGACAGGGUAUCAUUCUCAUGUACGAUGUCAAGACACACCGAAUCUGGAUGCUGGAGCCCAACAGCGGCGUGACGGCCGACCCAGAACUCGUUGGCACUGCAAACAUUGGCGAACAGGGCAUCAACAAGAACAGCUUCGAACACAUUCCCAACCGCCCCGCUGAUGAGGUUCUCCGCGAUUACAGAAAAUGGCUGGCCGAACUCAGGUACAUCCCUGGCAAUGGCGAGAACAGCAAGUUCGAGGGAUUGUAUGAUUACUACGCGCUCAAGAACCUGUACAUCGAGCACGGCUGGCCAAUGUUCUUCAAGGGAGACAAGUUCGAGGUCGCUCGGGCGAGAUGGUAUGCUGGUGAACGUGCGAGACACAACGGCAACGAGCCGGUGCGGGAAAAGGACAAGUUCGCGUUGUGGAAGAAGGCCGCCGAGCGGGAUCUCCAAGCUCGACAAAACGACGUGGCUGCCGCAGAGGAAAUCAACGACGAAUGGAUUGCCAAAUGGGAACUCUUCAAGCUCGGCGGCAUCUAUGGCAAAAUCCUCUCCGACCUCGCCGAAGCAGAGGUAGAAGCGACACGCCUCUGUCCCGACCGCGAAUGCUACAAGGAAGAAGACCUGCCCCUCUGGUAA